AUGGCUCUUGGCAAACACUUCAUCUCUAUCUCUUUCACUCUUUUCAUAGCCUCCUUGUUCCUUCCAAGUUCUCCUUCUUUCAAUGUGUUCGCAGAGCCUGCAAUAUUAGAUUUCAAUGAUAAUGAUUUGCUUGAAUUCCCUUUGAAUUUGGAGUUUCUGGAAGCUGAGUUCUUUUUGUAUGGGGCUUUGGGCUCUGGGCUUGAUGCUAUUGACCCAAAGUUGGCCCAAGGCGGCCCAUUACCCAGUGGUGCAAAAUUAGCCAACCUUGAUCCUCUCACUAAGGAUAUUAUCUUGCAAUUUGGCUAUCAAGAAGUUGGGCAUUUAAGGGCGAUAUUGAGCAAAGUGAAAGGGUUUCCAAGGCCAUUAUUGAAUUUGAGCAGUGAAGCAUUUGCAACAAUAAUGGACAAUGCUUUUGGAAAACCUCUCAAUCCACCUUUUGAUCCUUAUGCUAAUUCUAUUAAUUACUUGCUUGCGUCCUACGUCAUUCCUUAUGUUGGCCUUACUGGCUAUGUUGGAGCUGCUCACUUGCUCCAAAAUGAAACUUCCAAGGAGCUAGUGGCAGGACUUUUGGGGGUAGAGUCAGGGCAAGAUGCAGUAAUCCGAACAUUACUAUAUCAGCACAAAGAUGAAGUUGUGAAUCCGUAUAAUGUGAGCGUUGCAGAGUUCACAAACAGGAUCUCUAUGCUUCGAGACAAGUUAGGGAAAAUGGGUAUGAAAGAUGAAGGACUUGUGGUAGCCAAUUCUGUUGGAGCAGAAGGCAAAAUUUCUGGCAACAUUCUCGCAGGUGAUGAUACCUCAGUGGCUUAUCCUAGACAGCCCCAGGAAGUUUUAAGGAUUGUUUAUGGUACUGGUGAUGAACGUGUCCCAGGUGGUUUUCAUCCUAAAGGUGGGGAUGGUCGUAUUGCCAAAUCUUUACUUACCAAUAGGGCAUAA